AUUGGCUAGGAAGUACGUCUAUUACGCAGGUUGUCAUGCAUGACAUCACCGUGGGCUGGCUAUAAAGUGCUCUAUGGGUUCAUACACACAACCAGAGGAGCACUUGAGAAGCUUUGGACAACAGGACGAAUCCGAAGCUUUUAUUGGCUUCCCGCACUAAUCGUACGCCCAUCCUCUUGUUGCGCUCUGACCAGAGGAAUCCCCCUCAGAGUAGAGUUUUGAAGAUGAACUUGUCUUACUUGGUAGCUUGUGGACUUAUGGUCACGUUGCUUUCGGGGAGGAUGCGCGCAAAACCUUUAUCUGAGGCGCAGCAGAAGUCUCUCAGAAGUUUGCUGGGGGACGAGCUGACGGAUUUUCUGGAGGCGGAGGAGCGGGACAGGCGGGUAGAUGCUGUGCGCGCUCGGAUGCGCUUACUGGGAGAUUUACGCAUGGACACCCGGAGAGGGAUGUGGGCUCGGCUGCUCAACGACCAGCCCCCACCGAGGAAGCACAAAUCUGGAAGCAAGAAAGGGGGUUCCACAGCGCGGAGUGGCUGUUUCGGACAUAAGAUGGAUAGGAUAGGGACCAUCAGUGGUAUGGGCUGCUAGUAUUGGAUCACAGCUAUUUGACGAUCUCUGAAGGAUGGGUUUGGAAAAGAUCAUUUUGUUCUCACCUGAAGG